AUGAGAGGUCGUCUCGCAACUCGGCAGGAUUUCCAGGCUAUCUUGGGAUUGGGCUUUCGCGUUUUUGCGUGUCUUGCAAAGCACUGUGCGUGUGAGAACUUGCUGGGCAACCACUGUGAUUUCGUGGACGGACAUCCGUAUUGUGAAUUUGACAGUGGCUUCUAUCGCGCACAAAGCGCUGCUCCGGAUAACAUUACAUGGAUCCGCCCUGGUUGGCUACAGCGGUGGGAUCAGCAUUUGUGUGAGAGAGAGAGAGAGAGGCGUGCAGUGAAAGCGGGUCAUGCUGCUGUUCAGCGAGAUAUCGAUUGCGAAGUUGGAGCCCAAUGUCGACAGCGGCUCAGCGAGUUGUUGGAUGCGAUGUCGGAGCCGAUGGUCAUUUUCAGCUACAACACCUCACUCAGUGCGUGCAAGAAGGGUGAGCAGUGGCAUCGGGCUUUGGCGCUGCUAGGCGAGAUGAGGGAGGCGAAGCUGGAUCCCGACGUCUGUUUCUUAUAA